AGGACGCCGCCGCGGCCGCCGGGCGCCUGCAGAGGGUUCUGGGGAUGGCUGAACGCCGUGUUCAACAAGGUGGACUACGAGCGCAUCCAGGCCGUCGGCCCCGACCGCGCGGCGUCGGAGUGGCUGCUGCGCUGUGGCGCGUUGGUUCGCUUCCAGGGCUCUCGGAAGUGGCAGCAGGACUACAAUGGGCUCCCCACAGGACCCCUGGGGAAGUACAGGAUAGAAGCAAUUAAUGCCACUGACUCCUGCAUCAUGUACAGAGGAUUUGACUAUCUGGAUGGCCUGGAACAUGUUACAGAUAUCAAGCUGGAGAAGUGCAUCUACAUCCAGGAUGAGUGUCUGCAGAGGCUCAGUGAGACCAACAACCUGCAGAAGAGUCUCCUCAAGCUGAAGAUCAUAUCCUGUGGGAAUGUCACAGACAAAGGCAUCCUUGCACUCCACAAGCUGACGAACCUGGAAUAUUUGUAUCUGAGUGACCUUCCUGGGAUCAGAGAGAGAAAAACUACCCUUCAUGCUCUUCAGCUGGCACUGCCAAACCUGGAGCUGGAGCUGGAUUUAGACUAA